UACUUUAGGACAUUGGGACCAAAAUCGAUCCAUAUAUAUCUUUGGACGAUCUACACAUCAUUUCAGGAAAGAGCAACGGCAAUAUCUCAUGGGAACACAGCCAAAUUGGCAAGGCAAUAUAGUAACACAAAGCUAGCCCAAAUAUGUGGAAUCAUAGCCUCAGAGGAGAAGCGCCAUGAAAAUGGUUACUCCAUAAUAGCUGACAAGCUUUUCGAGCUCGAUCCAAACCACAUGAUUUUGGCCUUUGCUUUUCUGAUGAGAAGAAAAAUCUCAAUGCCUGCUCACUUCAUGUACGACGGCCGUGAUCCUAAUCUAUUCCAGCAUCUCUCCACGGUUGCCUCCAGCACUGGAAUCUACACCACCACCCACUACAGCCUCGUCUUCCAACACUAGCUAGCGAGAUGAAACGUCCCCAACCUUACUGGGCUCUCCCCUGAUGUCCGCCAGGCCCAGGAUUAUCUUUGUGGGCUUCCCCAAACUUUUAAGAGAAUUUUCCUGAAUACACUUUUUUGUUUCUUAUUUUCUUUUAAUAUUCACUCAUGUUUUGUAAUUACGAAAAUAUAG